GUUAAUACAAACAACAAGGAAGAAAAAGUAAUUAUUCUCCGGAAGGACGUCACUGCAUUUUAUAUUGAAUUACGUUUUGAUAGAUUCUUCACCGCCCCAAGUUACAACUGGUUUCAUCGACUUGCAUUAAUAAAAACGGACAAAAGGGGGCAGCUGUGACCGUUUUAUUAUUGUCUGAAGCGUGUGUUCUCGAUUUUACCCACGAAGAAGAAACCAGGAAGCAGCAGAAGAAGCGAAAAAGGGAAACGAAAAGCGGUUUUAUCACACUGGUAUAACAAAUCUACUCCACAUUUGGAUUUAGGAAGGCGAAGCAGACAUGAAGAACCGAGGUGGUGGAAUGCUGGACGGUCGGCUCAAACAGAGAUUGGAACAGUAUUUGGCUUCCAACAAGAACGAGCAUGUGGAUCUAUCAACUGUAGCCGUGGAACUUCAGAAGCUGUACAGAAUGGAGUAUGGCAGAAGAAACAAGACCGCAUUUCGAAUUCAAGUUGAGAAAGUAUAUCAAGCAAUAAAAAUGGAGUCUGGACUGAAUGAGUUGCAGAGCAAGGACGAAACUGAGAACUCCAAGAUUAUCGCCAUUGAAGCCAGUGACGACUGCAGCAGCAGUUCAGAAGACGCCCUAAAUGGAAAUGCUCCAGCGAAAAGUAGCACCAGUCACAUGAACAGCUCUCUUACGUCUCUGUACCGGAAGGGAUCCUCUGAUUUCAGCACCUACUCCUCUAUUAGAGAGCUGCCUGCGACAAGUCAAGCUUUCACAGGAGGCUGGUUCAUUGAUCGAGGUCAAGGGCCUGCAAAGACGAACGUCUUUGUGGACAUUCAUGAAGAUCAGCACAUUGGGGCUCUGAAUCAGAAACAUGUUACCAUGUUGGAGUCUGAGGAACGUCUGAAAAGGUCAGUCAAAAGGAAAAAGAGGUCAGCUGAAGAUACUGAACAAGAACGAACCAAAAGGGAGAAGAAAGGUACCGGAAAGCCCAACUCCACGAAGCUGCAGUAUCCCACUGUGAAGUUUGAAGAUGUUGGUGGUAAUGAAGACACGUUAACGGAAGUGUGUAAACUGCUGAUCCACAUGCGGCACCCAGAGAUAUACCAGCAGCUUGGAAUGGUUCCUCCUAGGGGCUUUCUCCUCCAUGGACCUCCUGGCUGUGGGAAGACAUUACUGGCACAAGCUGUGGCAGGGGAGCUGGAACUGCCCUUGCUGAAGGUGUCUGCUCCAGAACUGGUGUCUGGAGUAUCAGGAGAGUCUGAACAGAAGCUCAGAGAGUUGUUUGACCUGGCUGUGAGUUCAGCUCCAUGUAUCCUUUUCAUUGAUGAGAUAGACUCCAUCACACCGAAGAGAGAAGUGGCCUCCAAAGACAUGGAAAGGAGGAUUGUCGCCCAGCUGCUCACCUGCAUGGAUGACUUGAACAGUCUGGCAUUUACAACUCAAGUCCUGGUCAUUGGUGCUACCAACAGGCCAGACUCCCUUGACCCUGCCCUGCGCAGAGCUGGACGCUUUGACAGAGAGAUAUGCCUUGGUAUCCCAGAUGAACCAGCUCGUCUCAGGAUUUUGAAGACUUUGUGUCGUCAGCUGAAGAUGCCAGAGGAUUUUGACUACGCCAAACUGGCCCGUCUCACCCCAGGCUAUGUGGGGGCAGACCUCAUGGCGCUUUGCCGUGAAGCUGCCAUGAACGCUGUCAACAGGGUUCUGCUGGUAGUAAAAGGACAGCAGAAGAGUCAAACCAAGGACCUGUUAAAAACGAGGACUGAAGCUGAUGCGACAAACACAGAUAUCGAUCAAGACAACUGCACAGCAGCAUCUUUAAAUGUACACAACACAAUAAACUCAGGAGUAUUGGAUGAGAAUCAGUUACCUCAGGAUAAUCCAAGACACAAUCAUCUGCCGGGGGACCUGUGCCACCUGCUGCAUUUGCUGAAGAGCACUGAAACACUGUCAGAGCAAGAGUUGACCAGCCUCUCCAUCAUCAUGUCAGACUUUGAGGCUUCUCUUUCCAGUGUUCAGCCUUCAGCCAAGAGGGAGGGCUUUGCUACUGUGCCAGAUGUCACCUGGGACGAUGUGGGAGCCCUUCAUGAAAUAAGAGAAGAACUGACCAUGGCCAUAUUGGCUCCCGUACGUUCUCCGGAGCAGUUCAAGGCUCUAGGACUAAGUGCUCCAUCUGGAGUGUUGCUGGCUGGUCCUCCAGGAUGUGGAAAAACGCUGCUUGCUAAGGCAGUGGCCAAUGAGUCAGGUCUCAACUUCAUCUCCGUUAAGGGUCCAGAGCUGCUCAACAUGUAUGUUGGAGAAAGUGAGCGGGCUGUCAGACAAAUUUUCCAAAGGGGGCGCAAUUCUGCUCCUUGUGUCAUCUUCUUCGAUGAGAUUGACGCUUUGUGUCCUCGCCGGUCAGGCCAUGAGUCAGGAGCCAGUGUGCGUGUGGUUAACCAGUUGCUGACAGAGAUGGAUGGUUUAGAAACUCGGCGACAAGUCUUCAUCAUGGCUGCAACCAACAGACCAGACAUCAUUGAUCCUGCCAUACUGAGGCCGGGUCGUCUGGACAAAACGCUGUAUGUGGGUCUGCCACCUCCUGCUGAUCGCCAUGCAAUUCUGCUCACCAUUACAAAAGACGGAACCAAACCUCAGCUGGAGAAAGAUGUCAGUCUGGAAGAGAUUGCCUAUGAUGAACGAUGUGACUGCUUCACUGGUGCUGACCUGACUGCGUUAGUGAGGGAAGCAUCGGUCAAUGCCCUGAAGGCCUACCUGAAGUCCCAGUGCACCCCCCUAUCUCCCUCUGGUAAUGUCAAUCCUGCCAGUCUUACCUUAAAAGGUCACAUAUCGUCUGGCCUCGUCACAGAUAUCAGGGUAGGCAAAAACAAUUUUGAAGAGGCCUUCAAAAAGGUUCGACCAUCAGUGCCAAAAAAGGACCAGAAGAUGUAUGAGCAGCUGAAAGAGUCCCUGAGCAGAUAAUUGCCAACUUUACACGUCAAAAUGUAUUUUCUGCUGUUGACAUCCUUUUAAAAUGUUAGUAGCCUUUUUACAAAAUAAAUAAAUGUUAAAGUGGUCCCGGCGGAUGUGCAUAAAAUGUCUUCAAGGUUGGCAGGUCUGCUAAGUGUCUUUAUUCAGGGUUGAACAAUGCUGGUGCCAGCAACUCAUAGACCAGUUUGUACGAAUAAAUAGCUCAAUAUCAGGUUCACACUAGUAUUUCAAUUCAGGGGUGGAAAAAAAUUCUGUCCCUUAGUUGGGGGCAUGGCGAAAAAUAAUUCAGAACCACUGAGUUCAAGUUUUAUUUUGAAUUUGAAUGGAAAUGACACCAAGUGGCAAAAGACCUAUGAAUGAAAAUAUAUUUACUACACUUUGUGCACAAGUCUUCAUUAAGUGACUGGUUUAAGCAUGUGAUGAUUUGGCUGCAUAUUUUCCAGCUCUAAGAUGUAAAGUUGAAUGUUGAUUUGAUGUAAGCAUAUUUGGGGGUGUGGCCUAAGAAAUUGUUUCCCAACCUUUACUGAGCCAAUGUUUUACGUUAGAAAAUCAUGACACACCCAAGAAGAAUGUCACAAGUACAGUGGUGUGAAAAAGUGUUUGCCCCCUUCCUGAUUUAUUUAUUUUUGCAAGUUUGUCACACUUACAUGUUUCAGAUCAUCACACAAAUUGAAAUAUUAGUCAAUGACAACAUAAUUGAACACACAAUGCAGUUUUUAAAUGAAACUUUUUAGAAUUAAGAAAGGGAAAAAAAAUCCAAACCCACAUGGCCCUGUGUGGAAAAGUGAUCGCUCCCUAAACCUAAUAAGCAUUUGCGAUAACUUGCAAUGAGUCUCUUACACCGCGGUGGAGGAAUUUCGGCCCACUCAUCUUUGCAGAAUUGUUGUCACAUUGGAGGGUUUUCCAGCAUGAAGCGCCUUUUUAAGGUCAUGCCACAGUAUCUCAAUAGGAUUCAGGUCAGGUCUUUGACUAGGCCACUCCAAAGUCUUCAUUUUGUUUUUCUUCAGCCAUUCAGAGCUGGACUUGCUGGUGUGUUUUGGAUCAUUGUCCUGCUGCAGAACCCAAGUUUGUUUCAGCAUGAGGUCACUAAGAAAUGGCCGGAGACCAGUUUUCAUGGUUCUAUUUAUCACAGCAAGUCUUCCAGGUCCUGAAGCAGCAAAGCAGCCCCAGGCCAUCACACUACCACCACCAUAUUUUACUUUUGUUUUUCUUCAGCCAUUCAGAGGUGGACUUGCUGGUGUGUUUUGGAUCAUUGUCCUGCUGCAGAACCCAAGUUGGUUUCAGAUUGAGGUCACAAAUAGAUGGCCGGACAUUCUACUUCAGGAUUUUGUGGUAGACAGCAGAAUUCAUGGUUCCAUUUAUCACAGCAAGUCUCCCAGGUCGUGAAGCAGCAAAAUCAUCCCAGACCAUCACACUACCUCCACCAUAUUUUACCGUUGGUAUGAUGUUCUUUUUCUGAAAUGCGGUGUUCCUUUUACGGCAGAUGUAAUGGGACACUUACAUUCCAAAAAGUUCAAGUUUUUUCUCGUCAGACCACAGAGUAUUUUCCCAAAGGUCUUGGGGAUCAUCAAGAUGUUUUCUGGCAAAGUUGAGAUGGGCCUUAAUGUUCUUUUUGUUUAGCAGUGGUUUUGGUCUUGGAACUCUGCCAUGAAGGCUGUUUUUGUCCAGUGUCUUUCUUAUGGUGGAGUCAUGAACACUGACCUUAACUGAGGGAAGUGAUGCCUGCAGUUCUCUGGAUGUUGUUGUGGGGUCUUUGGUAACCUCUUGGAUGAGUUGUCACUGUGCUCUUGGGGUAAUUUUGGUUGGCCGGCCACUCCUGGGAAGGUUCACCACUGUUCCAUGUUUUUGCCAUUUGUGGAUAAUGGCUCUCACUGUGGUUUGCUGGAGUCCCAAAGCUUUAGAAAUGGCUUUAUAACCUUUUCCAAACUGAUAGAUCUCAAUUCAUCUCAGUUAAGCUAUUUUUUAACAGGGGGGCAAUCACUUUUUCACACAGGGCCAUGUAAGAUUUUUUUUUCUCCCUUAAUAAUAAAAAGUUUCAUUUAAAAAUUGCAUUUUAGGUUCACUUGUGUUGUUGUUGACUAAUAUUUAAAUUGGUUUGAUCUGAAACAUUUGUGUGUGUCAAACGUGCACACAAAAUAAGACAUCAGAAAGGGAGAAAGCACUUUUACACACCACUGUAAAUACACAAGUUAAUUAUGUACCGUGUGAGUGGAUGCUGCUGCACAGAAGCAACAGAUGAAAGUGAUGCACACCAUGGAUGUAAGACAGAAGGUUGGUUAUAUUUGCAACCGAAAUAUUGAUUUACAGCUUAUUAUGCCACUUGACAAUAAACGAGAGAGAUGAGAAAAUGCUGUUUGAGCAAUUUUUAUUUGUAUUAAAAUUUUAUAACUAGGAAAAUUGCGUUUCAAAUUUUGCGGCUUCACUUUAUCAUGGUUUUUCAAAAAUAUAUUAAUAAAUCAUGCUGUUUUAUGGUUAAAUAUGGCCUACUAGGAAAAAAACAUGUUUAAGCCAAUUGUAUGUAUUUUUGGCCUAAAUUAAGCAUUUUUCAAGCAUAAAAAUUACUCAAUGAACUAAAAUACAAAUAUAAGACAUUCUACACUGGUCACUAGGUAUCACUAUAUGGACCUGUUGGUGUUGUAUUGGUGAUCUUCUGAAAUUGUGAUGUUCGUGAACGCACCUCGUUGUUCAUGCUAAUGGUGGAUAGAGAGGAAGUGUUGUUGUGGGAGAGAGCGAGGAGGAGACAAGUGUGCGAGCUGAAAUGUGUUCUGCGUUGUAACUGGGCACAUUAUUGGCGUUAAGGUUGGCCAUAAAACUUUAAAAGAUCAUCAGAUUCUGUGUGACUUUGAAAGAACGGGACAUACCAUUAACCCGGAAGUUCAAAACAAGACUACAGACUCGCCUUGUCUGCAUGGUUCUAGAAUAGAUGACUACUGCAUUGAUACCAAGGGUAAUAUAAGUAUGGGAUCGAUGCAACACGAUGACAUGGAGGGCUUUUUUCGGGGUGGGGGGGCUUUAAUGGAGAGUCAAUUGUAGUUUUUGCUUUUGCAUUAGACUUUAUUUUCCUCAAACAGUUGUAUGUAAUAAAUGGGAAUUUUUUGAUUGUUUAUAUUGCUUUGAUAUGUAUUUAUACGUUAUUCACAAAUAAAUUUGGUGUUUGCCUAAAAUCUUGGUUGUCUUUUCUGAUUAUAGUUAACAAAAUAAAGGCAAAGCAUUGAAUCAUCGAACGUUUUGAAGUAAAACUUGAAUGAAUAUCAGCAAUACUGCUUGGUCUCUAGAGCAGGGGUGUCAAACUCGUGCCAUGGAGGGCCGAGACACCGCAGGCUUUCC